GCCGCGCCCGGGAGCCCGGCCCGGCCCCGCCCGCUCUGGGCCCCCGCUGGCCGAGGCCGCCGGGCGGGGGCGGGGACGACCAACUUGGGGCGCGGCGCAGCCCCACUCUCCGGAGAGCAUCGAGACCGGGAGCGCCACGGCCGCGGCCAGACGGCGGGAGCGAAGCGCGACGAGCGGAGGCGGCGAGCGGCGCCGGCGCCGCAGCCCCGGCCUCGCCGAGAGCGCGAAUAUUUUUCAAACGACUCAAACUUUCCUCCUUUCCCCGCUUUCCCGGGUCUCUCUUGGCUGGAAUUGCUCUCCUGAUUCCCGCGGGGCGCCGGGGCGCGAUUCCUCCCCGGGGCUCCUCGGUGGCUCGGGUAACUUCGCGGACCUGGGGACCCGUGGAUCUCGCCCCUUGGCCGAGCCCAGCCAGCGCUUCUCCCCUGCUCAGGAGGGCCGGGGCCGGGGCUCCUUCGCCUUUGGGAGGGCGUCCAACCCGGCCCCCUUGGGUCGGGCUACUGAGACUCCAGGACCCGCCGCAGGACUGGAGACCGCGGAUUAACCCGAGCAAAGCCCGGGCCUUCCAGCCCCCACUCCGCGGAGGGGCGUCCCCUGGGCGGGGAAAAAGACAAGUUUGUCAGUCGUCGGUGGCCUGUUGGAUCGAAGAGCCCCUGCCGCCGCCGAGGGGUCCCUGGCGCCCAGCACACGGAGCAGACAGCCCUGGGGACCCGGGGCAGAUCGGCGGCCGGGCUCCUCGGGCCGGGGCGCUGGCUGCUGCGCCGGGCGCGCCAAGGCACCCGGGGCCGGGCCAGCGCCCCCUGCGUCCCCACGCGGGCAGCGGCCCCGCCGGAGGAGAAACCCGGGUCGCCGCCGCAGCCACCGCCGCCUCCUCAGUCUCCCGGUCUCCGUCGCCGCCCCCUCUGUCGCCUCUCGGGGAAAGGGGGGACGCGGGGGGCUUCGCGGGGCCCCGGCGGAUGCGCCCCCCGCCACCUCUCGGGCUGCGCCGCCUCGCGGGGAUGAAGCACCGGCCGUGAAGAUGGAGGUGACCUGCCUUCUACUUCUGGCGCUGAUCCCCUUCCACUGCCGGGGACAAGGAGUCUACGCUCCCGCCCAGGCUCAAAUCGUCCACGCGGGCCAGGCGUGUGUAGUGAAGGAGGACAACAUCAGUGAGCGCGUCUACACCAUCCGGGAGGGGGACACCCUCGUGCUGCAGUGCCUUGUCACCGGGCACCCUCGGCCCCAGGUGCGCUGGACCAAGACUGCGGGCAGCGCAUCCGACAAGUUCCAGGAGACGUCAGUGUUCAACGAGACGCUGCGCAUCGAGCGCAUCGCACGCACACAGGGCGGCCGCUACUACUGCAAGGCUGAGAACGGCGUGGGCGUGCCCGCCAUCAAGUCUAUUCGUGUGGAUGUGCAGUACCUGGAUGAGCCUGUGCUGACGGUGCACCAGACGGUGAGCGACGUUCGAGGCAACUUCUACCAGGAGAAGACGGUGUUCCUGCGCUGUACUGUCAACUCCAACCCGCCUGCCCGCUUCAUCUGGAAGCGGGGCUCCGACACCCUGUCCCACAGCCAGGACAAUGGGGUCGACAUCUAUGAACCCCUCUACACCCAGGGGGAGACCAAGGUCCUGAAGCUGAAGAACCUGCGGCCCCAGGACUACGCCAGCUACACCUGCCAGGUGUCUGUACGCAACGUGUGCGGCAUCCCGGACAAGGCCAUCACCUUCCGGCUCACCAACACCACGGCACCACCAGCCCUGAAGCUGUCUGUGAAUGAAACUCUGGUGGUAAACCCUGGGGAGAAUGUGACGGUACAGUGCCUGCUGACAGGCGGUGAUCCCUUACCCCAGCUGCAGUGGUCCCACGGGCCGGGCCCGCUGCCCCUGGGUGCCCUGGCUCAGAGCGGCACCCUCAGCAUCCCUUCAGUGCAGGCCCGGGACUCUGGCUACUACAACUGCACAGCCACCAACAACGUGGGCAAUCCUGCCAAGAAGACCGUCAACCUGCUGGUGCGAUCCAUGAAGAAUGCUACGUUCCAGAUCACCCCAGACGUGAUCAAAGAGAGUGAGAACAUACAGCUGGGCCAAGACCUGAAGCUGUCAUGCCAUGUGGAUGCGGUGCCCCAGGAGAAGGUGACUUACCAGUGGUUCAAGAAUGGCAAGCCGGCACGCAUGUCCAAGAGGCUGCUGGUGACCCGAAACGACCCUGAGUUGCCUGCCGUCACCAGCAGCCUAGAGCUCAUUGACCUGCACUUCAGUGACUAUGGCACCUACCUCUGCGUGGCCUCCUUCCCAGGGGCACCAGUGCCUGACCUGAGCGUCGAGGUCAACAUCUCCUCUGAGACAGUGCCGCCCACCAUCAGCGUGCCCAAGGGCAGGGCCGUGGUGACAGUGCGGGAGGGCUCGCCCGCUGAGCUGCAGUGUGAGGUUCGAGGCAAGCCGCGGCCGCCGGUGCUCUGGUCCCGCGUGGACAAGGAGGCAGCGCUGCUGCCCUCGGGGCUGCCCCUGGAGGAGACUCCGGACGGGAAGCUGCGGCUGGAGCACGUGAGCCGCGACAUGAGUGGGACCUACCGCUGCCAGACGGCACGGUAUAAUGGCUUCAACGUGCGCCCCCGCGAGGCCCAGGUGCAGCUGAACGUGCAGUUCCCGCCGGAGGUGGAGCCCAGCUCCCAGGAUGUGCGCCAGGCGCUGGGCCGGCCCGUGCUGCUGCGCUGCUCGCUGCUCAGAGGCAGCCCCCAGCGUAUCGCCUCGGCUGUGUGGCGCUUCAAAGGGCAGCUGCUGCCUCCGCCGCCGGCUGUCCCCGUCGCCGCCGAGGCUCCCGACCACUCCGAACUGCGCCUCGACGCCGUCACCCGCGACAGCAGCGGCAGCUACGAGUGCAGCAUCUCCAAUGACGUGGGCUCGGCCACCUGCCUCUUUCAGGUCUCGGCCACAAGCUGUCCAAGAACUACUCCUAUGUGCUGCAGUGGACCCAGAGGGAGCCUGACGCUGUCGACCCCCUGCUCAACUACAGACUCAGUGUCCGCCAGUCUCACCAGGGCCUGGGCUGGUGCUCUGGUGGAGGGUGUGGCCCGCUGGGCAUCUGGGAACUCCCUGUAUCUACAGUUGAAUCAGCACAACGCCAUGGUGAAGGCCAUCCCAGUGCGGCGCGUGGAGAAGGGACAGCUGCUGGAGUACAUUCUGACUGACCUCCGUGUGCCCCACAGCUACGAGGUCCGCCUCACACCCUACACCACCUUCGGGGCUGGUGACAUGGCCUCCCGCAUCAUUCACUACACAGAGCCCAUCAACUCUCCCAACCUGUCAGCAGACAACACCUGCCACUUUGAAGAUGAGAAGAUCUGUGGCUACACCCAGGACCUGACAGACAACUUUGACUGGACACGGCAGAACGCCCUCACCCAGAAUCCCAAGCGCUCCCCCAACACCGGUCCCCCCACUGAUAUCAGCGGUACCCCUGAGGGCUACUACAUGUUCAUUGAGACAUCAAGGCCUCGGGAACUGGGGGACCGAGCCCGUUUGGUGAGUCCCUUGUACAAUUCCAGCGCUAAGUUCUACUGCGUCUCCUUUUUCUACCACAUGUACGGGAAGCACAUUGGCUCCCUCAACCUCCUGGUGCGGUCCCGGAACAAAGGGGCCCUGGACACACACGCCUGGUCCCUCAGUGGCAAUAAGGGCAACGUAUGGCAGCAAGCCCAUGUGCCCAUCAACCCCAGUGGGCCCUUCCAGAUUAUUUUUGAGGGUGUUCGAGGCUCUGGCUACCUGGGGGAUAUUGCCAUAGAUGACGUCACGCUGAAGAAGGGAGAAUGUCCCCGGAAGCAGAUGGAUCCCAACAAAGUGGUGGUGAUGCCAGGCAGUGGAGCCCCCCUCCAGCCCCACCCACAGCUCUGGGGGCCCAUGGUCAUCUUCCUCUUGGCGUUGCAGAGAUGAUGAGAGCUGCGUGGCCCCCCCACCCGGCCCCCGGCACACCAAAGUGUCCGCAUCGUACCAAAGACUGACCCCCGCCAGCCGGGGUGCCCAGGGGCAGGGCCGGCCCGCCAGGGAGGGGGCCUGCAUUGGCUGCGAGGAUGAGCAGAGAACAAGGACAGAGGCCCGGCGCUGAGGCCCUGGAGACAGUCGUUUGACACACGCACACACUCACACACUCACACUCACACACACAGAGAUAUAUUAAAGCACAAGUUUCUAUCCGA